AGUCGUUUGAUCUUUGAACUAUGUUAGUUACGUUUGGAUAAGAAUUAUUUUGUGAAAUUAUUGAAUAUCAUAUUCCCGAGAAGUUACACGUUACCUUCAAUAAUGAAGUCUUUAUUAUUUUUAAGCGUUACUGCUAUCGUACUUUUAUCGACAUGUUAUGGCCGCGAUCUAGUUUUGGGCACCAGUUACAAUACUCGGCUUAUAAAUCUAAAGAGAAUUGAAUAUAUGGCUAUACCUUUUAAAAAAAGAGUAAAGGAAUAUUUUUAUUCGGAUCCUGGAUUGCAAAUUAUUAAGGGUAUCAUAGUUAAAGAAACUGAAACCACACAAGCUGAACCCGUUGUAACAGCCGGAGGCAUAGGAUUUACCUAUGUCAAUCUUCGGUUCAAAAGCGAGCGCGGCAGCGGCUUAUACUAUCAAGUAGACAUUUAUGUAUGAAACUGAAUUGAGUGCAGUUUUACCAACACUGACGUAAAAUAAUGCC